GGGUGGGGAGGAAAUAGCUGGGGGAGCGGCAUCCUCCUUGCUCUAGCUGAGGCAGAGAAGGAGCCAGAGAGGAGGCGGCGGGCGGAGGAGGCAGAGGAGACUAAGGCAGAGGAGAAAGUGUCGGAGCCGGUAGGUUAGCAGUCUUAGAGCAGAGGACAGUGGACAGCGCCCUGGACUCGCUUUGCAAAUCUGUGGUCUCAAGUUGCGGGGCUGGCCAUUGGGUAGGGGCCGUGCUUCGCCCGCCACCUGUCAGUGGGCACCGAGAAGGGACUGUUGGGGCACUGGGGCUGGGCCUUGCGGGGCACCAGACGGCGUUCAAGCGGGCUGCAGCCCUGCCCCGGAGCCACGGAAGGUGCUGGGCUGGUCUGCCUGAGGGCGUGAGGUUCCGCACCCUGGACAGCUUCCCUAGACAGAGGUUGAAAUCUGGGGGGAAGGAAGUGGAUACUGUGCGUCCCGCCUAACCCGGGGACCAGCGAGAUCUUGCCAGGUUCGGCUUUAGAGUGUGGUGAAGGGUACUUUUCAUGGUGCAUGGAAGGAAAGCCAAUGCGCAGGUGUACCAACAUUCGGCCAGGAGAGACUGGAAUGGAUGUAACAAGCCGCUGCACCCUUGGAGACCCCAACAAAUUGCCAGAAGGGGUUCCCCAACCUGCCCGCAUGCCCUAUAUCUCAGACAAGCACCCUCGACAAACCUUGGAAGUGAUUAACCUUCUGAGAAAACACCGGGAGCUAUGUGAUGUGGUGCUAGUUGUGGGCGCUAAGAAGAUAUAUGCCCAUCGAGUCAUUUUGUCAGCCUGUAGUCCCUACUUCCGAGCUAUGUUUACAGGAGAAUUGGCAGAGAGCCGUCAGACAGAAGUAGUGAUCCGAGACAUAGAUGAGAGGGCUAUGGAACUACUGAUAGACUUUGCAUAUACCUCCCAGAUAACUGUGGAAGAGGGCAAUGUUCAGACCCUCCUACCAGCUGCUUGCCUCCUCCAGCUGGCAGAAAUACAAGAAGCCUGUUGUGAAUUCCUGAAGAGACAAUUAGAUCCUUCAAACUGCCUGGGCAUUCGGGCUUUUGCUGACACACAUUCAUGUCGUGAGUUGCUAAGGAUAGCAGACAAGUUCACUCAACAUAAUUUUCAAGAGGUGAUGGAAAGUGAAGAGUUCAUGUUGCUUCCAGCCAAUCAACUCAUUGAUAUAAUAUCUAGUGAUGAACUAAAUGUUCGCAGUGAAGAACAGGUGUUCAAUGCAGUGAUGGCCUGGGUUAAAUACAGUAUUCAAGAAAGACGUCCUCAGUUACCCCAGGUGCUGCAGCAUGUGCGCUUGCCUUUGCUUAGUCCCAAGUUCCUGGUGGGCACUGUAGGCUCUGAUCCCCUCAUCAAAAGUGAUGAAGAAUGCAGAGACUUGGUAGAUGAGGCUAAAAACUAUCUCCUAUUGCCUCAAGAACGACCAUUAAUGCAAGGACCAAGGACAAGACCACGGAAACCUAUUCGAUGUGGAGAAGUACUCUUUGCAGUUGGUGGUUGGUGCAGUGGAGAUGCCAUUUCUAGUGUUGAACGAUAUGAUCCACAGACUAAUGAAUGGCGAAUGGUGGCUUCAAUGAGCAAAAGGCGAUGUGGAGUUGGAGUCAGUGUUCUUGAUGACCUGUUAUAUGCAGUAGGAGGCCAUGAUGGAUCCUCUUAUCUCAACAGUGUUGAAAGGUACGACCCCAAAACAAACCAGUGGAGCAGCGAUGUGGCUCCCACAAGCACCUGCAGGACAAGUGUAGGUGUGGCUGUGCUUGGCGGCUUUCUCUAUGCUGUGGGUGGCCAGGAUGGCGUGUCCUGCCUCAACAUUGUUGAAAGGUAUGAUCCAAAGGAGAACAAGUGGACUCGGGUGGCUUCUAUGAGUACCAGAAGACUAGGCGUAGCUGUGGCUGUGUUAGGAGGGUUCUUAUAUGCUGUAGGUGGCUCUGAUGGGACAUCUCCACUCAACACAGUGGAGCGUUAUAAUCCUCAGGAAAACAGAUGGCACACCAUAGCCCCUAUGGGGACCCGGAGGAAACACCUAGGCUGUGCAGUGUAUCAGGAUAUGAUCUAUGCCGUAGGAGGCAGAGAUGACACUACAGAGCUUAGCAGUGCUGAGAGAUACAACCCCAGAACUAACCAGUGGUCUCCGGUGGUGGCUAUGACAUCCCGCCGUAGUGGAGUUGGCCUGGCAGUAGUGAAUGGACAGCUUAUGGCUGUGGGAGGCUUUGAUGGCACAACGUACUUGAAGACAAUUGAAGUUUUUGAUCCCGAUGCCAAUACAUGGAGGUUGUACGGUGGGAUGAAUUACCGUCGGCUUGGGGGUGGUGUAGGAGUUAUAAAAAUGACACAUUGUGAAUCCCAUAUAUGGUGAACACACAGAAGACGGUCAUGUAUAUCUUCCUCUGUAUUCUGGAGCGCUUUGACUUUGGAGCUUUGUACAGCUCUAGAAAACACUAAACAAAUCUUAUUCUUUGCCGGUGCCUCAACAUGUGGAAAUACAAAUACAGUGAAAGUACUUCACCUGCAAGAUGCCACCUUUGCACAAUAAUUUUUGGUUCUGUGCAGAAAAAUAUUUAUUUUCGGUUUUAAUUUAUCAUGGGACUUUUGUUGUUGGGGGGUGGUUUUUUGUUUCUGUUUUUGGAUUUAGCCUUCCUCCCAUCAAAAGAAAAAAAAGACAAAAAAAAAAAAUUUCAAACAGUAAAACCUUAUUUUUAAGAUAUUAAGUUUGAAACCACCAAUAAGGGAAGAGGGCUAUAUGUGAUCUAGUUGUCAGUUCUGAGCACUCCAUCCACAAGACUCUUUACUACUUACAGAGACAUACCAAUGACAAAGAUAGGAAUACAAAGUGUAUUAGUUAGCCAUCAUUCUUGCACUAAGCACCAGAAGACUUGAAAAAUCUAAAAAACAAAAGAAACAUCUCAUUUAACUAGGAUAAUUCAAAAGGAAUAUUAAAUCGAUAAAACCAGGACUCACAUGCCAAAGUUCUCAUCAGUGGAAGCUCACAUCUUGUUUCCUUCCAUAUAAAACUUGUUUGCCGCUAUAUUUAAAGUCUUUUUUUCAAAUAUUUUCAUUGAGUUUCUGCUAGAUCUAGAGCUCUGCUCAGUGCCUCUACAAAACAGUGCACAAUUCUUAUACUGUCUUGAGAAUCCCCCGGUAGAAUCACGUGCAACUCUGCAAGAGUUUUUGCUCAAAAACAUUACUGACUGAAGCAACUUUCCUUUCUAUUUCUUAUUGCUACUAAGGACCAGCAGGGAGAAAUGUCCUCUCCCCAGCAGUGAAUACUGUUAUGCAAUUUACACUUGAUGCUCAGGCCUGCUGAAGCUGAGGCUUACCUGUAAUCAUAGCCUUCAAGGGGAUGAAUUCUUCAGUUCGUCUAAUAGUACGCUAACGAGUGUAAAGUCACUUGAGGCAUUUUAUUAACAAAAUCUUGGUUCUUUUAUAAAAACUAUAUAUCAUUAUCCUCAUACUAUACAGCCACUGUUACUACUACUCUCAAAUUGCACUUUCUGGUAAAAAGCUAACAUUUUUAAGGAAAAAAAGAUACAUAUUACAGUGGUUUAAGUUUUUUUGUUAUUGUGUUCAUAGAUCAGUUUUUUUCAAUGUAUUUUACAGGAAAAUCUUUGAAUAAGACUUUAACCACAACCAAAAGGAAUAAUCUUUUCUCCCUCCCCUCACUACAGAAAUGUUUGGCAACAUUUGUGUUUACAUUUAAAGAUCAUUUGCACCUUUACAAGGAAAAAUAUAAGUAUUUGGUAAAUAAUUGUUUACAUGUAUCAUUUAUGCUUUUUUCUAGCAUGUAUAACUUUUUAAAAUAAAGGUAGUACUUACCAUAAAAA